UAAUUCCAACAAGACAUGAUAAAUAGAGAGAUAACCUCGAAUUGCACUUUAUUCAUUCCUAAAGCGGGAAAACGUCAAUCAUCUCUGUUUUAUCCGAAUUCUUACCCACGGGAGAUAAUAUGGCUCGUUACCACAAGAGAUCGUUAAUCUUGUUCUUAGCUCUUGCUCUGCUCGCAUCAUCGAGCCAAGGCUUUCUACGGACCGAGAAUAAGAUAAAAUCUGCAGUCUUUUUAUCACCAAAACUGGUGAUGAAUCCUGGAUCAGUUUCAAAUGCUUACUUAUACGACAUCGAUUUCCCAAGAGGGCAUAUCGGCCUCAAAAGUUUCGAUGCUGAAGUAGUUGAUGAAGCUGGCAACCCCGUCCCUCUACAUGAGACAUAUCUCCACCACUGGGUUGUCAAACCUUACUAUGCGCGUAAAGGCUCUUCUACGCUUCCACAGCAAGAAAUGUUUAGGAAUCAGGGAGUUUCAAGUCAAGAUCCCGGAAGCAAUCUUGAUUCAAGAUCGUCGGAUUUUAUUUUUGUAAACAACGGAGGGUUGUGCAGGAGAAGACUCAGACACUACUAUGGGUUAGGAUCAGAAACCCGCAAAACCUCAACGUAUCUUCCUGAUCCUUACGCAGUUGAAAUCGAUAAUCCUCAGGAGAGACCUGAUGGUUAUGACUUAAAAUGGCUUCUCAACCUUCACGCGAUAGACACGAGAGGUGUGGAAGACAGGAAAGGAUGCAUAGAAUGUGUUUGUGAUCUCUAUAAUGUAACCGUUGAUGAGUACGGUCGUGCUAUAAACCCUGGAUACAAAGGAGGUUUAUACUGUUGCUACGAUAAGACUCAAUGUCUGGUGAAGAGCGGAUUUGACAACGGGAAGAAAACAAGAAAUCUGUAUUUGAAGUAUACCUUGAGAUGGGUUGAUUGGGACAACACGGUUUUGCCCGCUAAAUUUUAUAUUCUCGAUGUUACAGAUUCUUGGAAAAAAUCAGAGGGAUCAACAGGAGAUAUCCAAGAACAUAAUUGCCAUGUGGAAUACGAUGUGGAACCGUGCAAAACCAAUGGCGAUGGAUGCAUUGAUGUUAAGAAAAAGAGCUUAGUGAUGCCAUUUAAUGGGUAUAUUGUCUACGGUGUAGCUCACCAACACGCGGGCGGUAUCGGUGCUGCUCUGUACCGAGAGAGCGGUGAAGGAAUAUGUACUUCGAUGGCCAAGUAUGGAAAUGGAGUUGAACCUGGAAACGAAGCUGGUUACAUUGUUGGAAUGGCGUCUUGUUAUCCUGCUGAUCCAGUGAAAGUGAGCUAUGGAGAGACAUUGACUAUGGAGUUUAAUUACAGUAGUGCCGUUGGUCAUACGGGAGUUAUGGGACUCUUUUACAUCCUCGUUGCGCAGCAGUUGCCUGAACCAGAGCUCUCCUUGCCUAAUCUUUUUCAGGCACCUGUGAGAAGCGUGAGCGUUUUAGCAUACUUGGCCGUGACGGUGGUGGUGGCGGUAGUGGUUCUAAUAGCCGCCGUGAUAUACGGGAGACAAAACCGGGAAGAUGGUUACCAAUCUCUUACUACUUGAAUAAAAGAGUAAACCAUCGCGAUCGACUACAUAUGAAAGUGAAGUAUGUUUGUAUACGAAGAAAUAAAAUAAAAGAUUAUUAUUUUGUUGUCAUCUUCCUUUGAUGUCAUGUGAUAUUAUUUCUGUAACAGUUGGAGCAUAUAUAAUGUCUCUUAAAAUACAAUGAUAUUAUUUGUAAUUUAGUUUAAUUGUUCCUUGUUGAACUUCGCCU